CCGCCGCUGGGUUGGCUGCGGCUCGCGUGGCUGCGCGCGGGUUGGCUGCCGGGUGGGAGGUGUGCGGGGCGGCGGCCGCUGCCUCCCGGGCUAAGAUGGCGGCCGUGACCGCGCUGCGGAGCAGCUGCAGGACCGCGGGGCGCCUGGUUUGUGCUCACCACGUUAGAUCGUGCAGCAGCAUUCGCUUUGUAAAAUCAAAAUAUGUGUGCGUGUUUGACAAAUCUGCCUUCAAGUUUAGUCAUCAACAGCGAUUAUUCAGAACAUCUGCUGUUUCGUGUGGCCAAAUUGUCCAGUUUAAGCUUUCUGAUAUUGGAGAAGGGAUUACGGAGGUGACUGUGAAAGAAUGGUAUAUAAAAGAAGGUGAUAGUGUUUCUCAGUUUGAUAGCAUCUGUGAAGUACAAAGCGAUAAAGCUUCUGUUACUAUUACUAGUCGUUAUGAUGGCAUCAUUAGGAAACUCCAUUACAACUUAGAUGAAAUUGCUUAUGUUGGAAAACCGUUAGUGGACAUUGAAAUUGAUGCUUCAAAAGGUGUUGCCCCAGAAGAAGAUGUUGUUGAAACACCUGCUAUGUCUCACGAAGAACACACGCACCAGGAGAUAAAAGGUCACAAAACAUUAGCAACACCUGCAGUUCGUCGUCUUGCUAUGGAAAACAACAUUAAAUUGAGUGAAGUUGUUGGAACAGGGAAAGAUAACAGAAUCCUUAAGGAAGACAUACUCAACUAUUUGGCCAAACAAACAGGAGCUAUUCUACCUCCCUCACCAAAGGCUGAAAUUAUCCCACCAUUGCCAAAAUCAGAGACAGUGUCAGCUGCUCCAAAGGACAAAGCACGCAAAAUUCCUGUACCUGUUUCCAGACCGAUUGUGUUUUCAGGAAAAGAUAAAACUGAACCUGUAACAGGUUUUCACAAGGCAAUGGUAAAGACUAUGAGUGCAGCUUUGAAGAUCCCUCACUUUGGUUAUUGUGAUGAGAUUGACUUGACUCAGCUUGUUCAGUUGCGAGAAGAGAUGAAACCUUUAGCACAAAUUCGUGGAAUUAAGCUUUCAUUUAUGCCCUUCUUCAUAAAGGCAGCUUCUCUAGGAUUAUUGCAGUAUCCCAUUCUUAAUGCUUCCUUGGAUGAAAGCUGUCAAAAUGUCACUUAUAAGGCUUCGCACAACAUUGGAGUUGCCAUGGACACAGAACAAGGUUUAAUUGUCCCAAAUGUGAAAAAUGUUCAAGUCUGUAGUGUCUUUGAGAUUGCUUCUGAAUUAAAUCGCCUCCAAGCCUUGGGUUCUGCUGGCCAACUGGGAACAAAUGACCUCACUGGGGGAACAUUCACCCUUUCAAAUAUUGGCACAAUUGGUGGCACUUAUGCCAAACCAGUAAUACUACCUCCUGAAGUAGCUAUUGGAGCACUUGGAAAGAUACAGAUUCUUCCUCGGUUUAAUGGAAAAGGUGAAGUAUUUAAAGCACAGAUAAUGAAUGUGAGCUGGUCAGCUGAUCACCGCAUUAUUGAUGGAGCUACAAUGGCCCGAUUUUCUAACUUGUGGAAAUCUUAUUUGGAGAACCCUGCUUCAAUGCUGCUAGACCUUAAAUAAAGGAAACCAUGGCUAGAAUAUGCCUCUAAAAUUUUCAUAUUAGACUGAAGAAUUACAAAAGCUGGCUCUGCUAGCACAAGCCCUUUGCUACUUACAUUAUAUAAUAAUUUUAUGUGGUUAAAAGUUCUCAACAGCUUAAAUCAGUCUAUCAAUUAAUUGUUACUUCUUUUAAUUAGUAGUGCUGUAAUUUCUUCUACAGCCAGCUGUCAAUAGGUCAUGGCGUGACUUAUGAAUGUGGUGAUGGAUUGUCGUUGUUUUGCCUUUUGUAAUACAUAUGGUCAUGAGGCUGGUCUAAAUGAAUCACUGAUCUACGUCUGCAAUAUUUUUAAACUGAUUUUGAAGGGAAAAGCUCACAGUUGUUCUUUGUUGGAAACAUAAAUUUAUUUUUAACAGGUAAUAUCAAAUUCCCAAAAGAAGUUAUGCAAAAAUCAAACACAAAUAAAAUGCCUAUUAUGCUUCUGCAGUAAGAUGUCCAGAGAGCUUUUUGUUAUUUAACAAAGUUAACCUCUCAAAACUUUCAGUACUCUGCUUUUUCCUGGCAUUAUAUGCACAGGUACUCUUUAUCAAAUGAUAAAGGGAAGAGGGCACAUUUAUUCACAUGCUUACUGAUAAUAUUUAAUGAUAACUAUUGGGGCCUUAAAACUGUCUAGAAUAUACUGUAUUUUUGUAGGCUGUAAGUAGUUGCAAUCCAUAAAUUCCUUCCAGUUAUUUUUGUUUCUUACAGAAAGCAUGUCUGUAUAAAAAAAAAAAAGAGGAUCUUAGUAGUUAUUCAGUGGUUAGACAAGCUUGACAAUAAGCAGAAUGUGUUCUAAAAAUUUUCACCAUCUUCUGUUAUUGAUGUUCAGAUACUAGAAUCUGACAGAUUAAUACAACAAAGAAUUAGUAUUAAAAAAAAUACGAUGUGGGAUAAAGGAGAUACAAGGCAAGUAAUUAACGGGUUCAAGUUAAUACCUUCAGAACAGACAAUAGUAAUGUUUCUUUAAGGUAAACUAAACAGCUGUUAAGGACUAGAGUGGUUAUUUAACAGGAAAUACAAAGAAAAUGGUUGGAUAUAAAUGCCUUCUAGAAAUGCAAGCUGAAAACAAACACACUAAAGGACAGUUACAUGGGCUUAAAAAUUAAUAUGCAAAUUGGACAUUUUCUCCUUUCUUUAGAUAUAUCAAAAACUGUCUCUACAGGAGCAUUCUCCAAAAUAGUAGACUAAAGUAGUCUAAUGUGUUUAGCUGUGAAGAUGCAAGACACAAGCUACCAGAGGUAGAAUCUCUGUUACCCUUGAUGCUGAGACUGAGCAAGAGGAAAGCUGGUAAUGUAGGUGGAGAGUAUACAUGUAAGGUGCUAUUUAUAUUUUUAUUGUGGUAUAAGGGUCUUUUAUAUAAGUAAUUUCUUGCAAAGUUUGACUAAUAUGUUGUGCUUAUCACUUACUUCAUUUUUAUCAGAUUUAUUUAUUCCUAAUAAAUUUUUUAAAGCCACAAAGAAUUGUAGUAAUACUGUUUUUAUUUGUGAAUUUCAUGCAGGCAGUCCUAUACAGGUGGCUCACUUCUAUUUCUUCUUAUCUUAGAGAACCUACUGCACUUGAGACUACUAAAAGAACGCAGCCUAAUGGCAAUUCUCCUACAAGUAUGUUGUUGUGGUAAGGGUCUAGUCUGAACAAUGUAUUUUUUUGGUAUUAUUAUCAUGCAAAAAAUGAAUUGAGACAACAAAGGUGUACAAUAGGAAGUGAUAAAGUGAUUUUGAAAUAUUUCAUAGAAGAAUUUUGUUCACAGUAGAAAUGUGAAACUCCAAUAAAAGGAAGGGUUUUCUUAGUCUAACUCUAAUUAUCCACCUCUUUCAAGGAAGAAGAAAUUAAGUAGUUAGACUUCAGUUAUGGUUUUUUGUAUUAAAAAAUAAAAAUACUGUGGGGAUUGAACAUAUAUUAAAACUGAAAGAAGAAAUACCUAUUACCAAAGAAGCUGUUGGAUCAUUUUUGCUUUUGCAUAACUUUUGCCCCAGCUCCCUCAAAAACAAA